UCAAUUCCUCCAACGCCGAGUCCCAAUUCAACUCGCGCAAAGUCGGCACAGGAGUCCCUCGGUAUCGACAGUCUGCUCUUGGUGUUCGACGGUCUUGGACGUAGUAGACGAAGAUGAUGAUGGUAUUUGGCGGUGGUGACUAAAGAUUUCAUGCAGAAGAUAUUAACUCUGCUUCGCUCGAGGCUAGAACUCGUCAGCGAAAAGUGAGUGAAGUGUAUUAGGCCCAAGUAGACCGUAAAGGAAAUUUGUUAAGUUUACGUUAAUGUGAUAGUGCGAAUAGUGGAAUUUAGUGCAAAGCCAAAUACUAAUAGAUAAUUUGUCGUUAAUUAGACGAUUAAGGUGCUCAGUAGUUUCCGAUCAAGCCAGUGGGACUAUGGCAUUGAAGAUGCUUUACCGCGGACCUAGUUCCCGUUUAGAGACACUAAUUGAGAAAAUUCAGCAAAACAGCAAGGAAACCGGAAAUGAUUUAUAUUCAACACACACAUCAUCGAGUUAUUCACCCUCAACUUCCGAGGGAGCUCCAACACCCAACUCCUUGCUCCAUCACCAUCAACAGCAUCAUCAACAUCUUGGCCAUCAUCCCCAAGACAAUCGCGACAUUAAUCGUCUUAGGACGAGCCAUGAACAGCGUCGUCGACGUCGUUAUCAUCCCACGUCCGCAGUGAAUGGAUCCUUCGACGGGCGUGACGACGAUGAUGUUAAUGACGAGGAAGACGAUGCAGAUGCUGCCGAUUCCCACGACGACGAUGUUGAACAAAAUGCUCAAGGUAUGGAGGGUCAGGACCUUGAUAACAAUUACGAUGAUGACGACACCAAUGAACCCCACUCAGGAUUGGGUGGCGGUGAUGCCGGCAUAAAAAUACCGGGAAAGCUACGGAAAAUCGAAAGGGAUGCUCUCAAAUCGGAAAAGCCGACAGGCGAUGGUAUUAAAAGCAGCACGGAUGGUUCCUAUCAGUGUCAGUUCUGUGAUAAAUCAUUUCCACGUCUUGGGUACUUGAAGAAGCAUGAACAGAGUCAUGCCGAACAUCUCCCUUUCAAAUGCGACUACUGCGCUCGCCUAUUUAAGCACAAACGAUCGCGUGAUCGCCACACAAAACUCCACACUGGAGAUCGUCGUUACCGAUGUCCUCAUUGCGAAGCUGCAUUUUCCCGGAGUGAUCAUCUCAAGAUCCACAUGAAGACGCACGAUACCCAGAAACCAUUUCAAUGCACCGUGUGCAACCGAGGCUAUAACACAGCUGCAGCCCUAACAUCUCACAUGCAGAACCAUAAGAAACAGGCAGCCCUCUUGGGUACCGGUCAAACUUUCAACUACAGCCCCCGCUCAACAGGUUCAGGAUCAAGUUCGGGAAGCUUUCAUAAGAGGCGAUACGCCAUGACCGACUGCUCACCAUCUGCCCGUCCCGACUAUCGUAAACACCGUCGAAUCGGUUCAUUCAUUGCAUGUAUCUAUUGCACAAAGUCAGAUUUUACAUCCCUGGAACAGCUCAAUGCUCACAUUCAAUCAAUGCAUGAACAAACUGCCGCUACCAAUGCAACCAAAGAAACCUUAAUACCAGCUUGCCCACCGACUACAUCUGUUUUCCAACUAUCAUGCGAGUAUUGCACCAUGAAGUUCCCGAACAUCCCCACUAUGUUUCAACACAUGCGUACAACCCACAUCGACCGGUUGACCAGUCCUAACUCAUAUUUUGAACACUUCAACCGAUUGGCUGCAUCCGGGACGUUCAGCCCACGACUCCUGACCAACACCUCUCUACGUGCGUUCAACAGCGACCCGGAAACAAAAAUAAAAGUUGAACAACCGAGUCCUAAUCAAGAUCGACGUAGUCAAGGUGAUCCUGAAAAGGAUGAGGAACAGACAUCUCCGACAGAUUUGAGCCAACCAAAGAAACGUCAGACCCCUCAGCAACGGGAAGGACAAGGCGGAAAUGGAAAAAAUCCAGGUGGUGCAUUUUUAUGCAAUCAAUGCAAUGCAGCUUUGCCUGAUUUCGACACCUUCCGUGCGCAUCUGAAAAGUCACAUUACCCAGGAGACAGCCAGCCUGGUAUGCCCUCACUGCGGUCUAACCUUGCGAGACAGCGCAGAGCAAGAACGUCACAUCAUAUCUCACUUUCUCAUAACCAACAGUGAAUUUGCCUGUUCAUACGCUAACUGCAAGAAAACCUUCGCAAAAGCUGAAGAACUCCAGAAGCAUCUCUUUGACAGUCACAUUCAAGUCAUGUACAAAUGUUCAGUCUGUUCUGACAUAUUUGACACAAAGGUUGCAAUCCAGGUUCACUUCGCUUGUGCUCACUCCAAUGAAAGUAAACUGUUCCGUUGCUCUGCCUGCAUGGAGACCUUCGGAAGUGAGAAAGAGUUCUCAGGUCAUGUCAGGGCUCGCCACUCCAGCAGUGGAUCUGCAAUACAAUGUAUAUUUUGCCGAGCUGUAUGCUCAUCAGAACUGGAAAUGCAUUUUCAUUUGGCAGCCCAUGCUCGUCAAUUUCGUUGUCCCGCUUGUCCUGAAACAUUUCAUGUGGAAUUCCUUCUUGAUCGGCAUAUGCAAACGCAUCACUCUCAGAAAGACGGGAUUGCCACUACAAAUGGAGCACCUGCUCCUCCACCAGCGACCUCAGGAGCGACCGCAUCAGACACUUUACCCAGGAACUCCUACCAUGGCGCGUUCAACAAGCAAUCCGUCGUUCCAAAUAACAACAAUAAUAACAUCCUUGAAUAUAAUGCACUGGCAAGUAAGUCAUUGCUUCAGUUUCCAGGAAGCAAAUUUUAUAGUCCGCUUCAAGUUGAUACCACCGCAGUAGGUAGCUUCGCCAAACACUCAGCACUAAUGUACGGACUUAGCCAAAGAUACUUCGAAGCAAACAAGACCCUCAUGGAUAUUUACAACUACAACCAAGAAAACAAGAACGUCUCCCCGUACUUCCUCAAUCCUGGCAAUUUUGAGACAACCAACAGGACUUCAGCCGCUCUCAAACCUCACCAUCCCUCCGAGAACAAACCUCCUAGUGAGAGAACCAACACCACCGGUUUCAGUUGCGGCAUCUGCGAACGAUCUGACUUUCGAACUGAAAAUGAUGUGCAUUCCCACCGUAAAAUUGUGCAUAACCUGAAAACAGGAGUUAGUUUGCGAUGCGCCUACUGCAAUGGAAACUUCAAAUCCCGGAGUGAACUGGAGCAUCAUAUGAAGACUUGCCACAAUUCGACGGGGAAGCAUAAAUGUUUGAUUUGUGACGAGAUCUUCCCAUCUCCAGCGGUCCUGGCUGAACAUAAGCUGCAGCACUCUAAGGUUGGACAGUCUGGAAAGUGUUCCCACUGCUCUCAAGCCCUGAACGAUGUUGGCAUGUUCAAAUCGCACUUGAACGAACAUAAUCCUGAAGGACAAAUUCCCGUGCAGUGUAUUUGCUGUCGUCAAACCCUUCACUCUGAUUUUGAAGUAGGACUCCAUGCAAAAUUCCACACAAAAUCUGCAAGCAGUCCUGAAAAUCUAUGCGCCCUCUGUCUCGAAACCUUACCAGCAACCUCAGACUCCCGUGUAUGCGAAAAAUGCUGCCGAAAGCACAACCUAAACUCAAAAUUCAACAUCCGCAACUUGGAACUCGCCGGAUCCCGGACCUACGUCGAGAAUCGUUGUAACCUCUGUAAAAUGAUCCUGCCACAUGCCCAACGUCUGCAGGAACACUUAGUCGAGCACACCUUUGUCGGAUGCGAGGAGCGAGGUUACUCCUGCUACAUAUGUUCAGCAGUCUUCACAGUUCCUGCAGGACUCCUCAGUCAUAUGCUUGAACAUGGUCUCCAUGCUCGUCCUUACGAUUGCAACCUCUGCUCUGAAAAGUAUUUCUUCCGAGCGGAGCUUGACAAUCACCUCAUCGAACAUGAGAUCCUAGGACGCAGUGCACCAGUUCCUGAGAAUGGCAGCUGUGAUAGCGUGGCUGCCACUACCAUCAAGAGUGAGCAUACUGCCGAAGCCACGAAAGACUUAGAUAAUUCCGAAAAGAUACAACAAACCGCAACUGAGAAUAAGCAGGAUCCUGUGAAAACUGAAACAAUUGACGACCCAGUGGAAAAGACGACUGCCCAUGAGGACGACGAGGAGGAAUACAUCGAAGUGGAGCAGAUCCCUGAGGGCACUGGAAACAGUAAGACGCAAGACUAGGACCACUGACGGGAGUGCUCAAUGCAAUUUAGAUACAAGAUUCCGGCUUUUUAAGGACGCACUGAUAUUGAAAUGUAGUAUUACCGUUGUAAGAUGCAUCACUGAGUUCAUCAUGACCAACGAAACCGUGCACCACAUUCGUAACUUAGUUUAAGGAGAAAUGUAUUCGACUAGGACCCUAUGUGAUAAGCUAGAAAGGAUGUUGUAACAACCUCUAUUGUCAUUAUUAUUUCAUUGUAUUGCUUACCGUUCGUUUUUAUUAGAAUUUACGUAUUUAUGACCGUUAUUGAAGUAACAAUUAUGGUAGUACCAACUUUAGUUGAAAAAAUAAAAAU